CUCUCUCUGUCUACUCUAAUUUUUUCCCUAUCUUGAAGGUCAGAAAAAGGGAAAGGAUGAACCAUAAAAUCUAUACAUGAAAAAAAUUACACAUAUGGAAAAUCAAUUUCUUUUUAUGCAAAUGAAUAACGUGAAAAAAAUGGAGGAAAAAAAUGAAGAAAAAAUAUUGCAAGCUGCUCGCCGAGACCCAAUUCAGCUUCUCGUUUUCUUUGCAGUUGUUUAUUCCACUCUCCGUUUUCUGUUUUUUUCUUCUUUUUUUCCACCUCCGACGUGUGUGUAUGUGUGUGUGUGUGUGUGUGUGUGUGUGUGUGUGUGUGUGUGUGUGUGUGUGUGUGUGUGUGUCUGGGUGUGUGUGUGUGUAAUAUUCAGCUAAAAUAUUUUGUGACUGUGGUUUGUAGUUAUGUGAAAGGCGAAUGAAUCUCUCUCUCUCUCUCUCUCUCUCUCUCUCUCUCUCUCUCUCUCUCUCUCUCUCUCUCUCUCUCUACCAAACGUUAACAAAUUGAUACACGUUAAUAAUUGUUAAUAAACCAGUAAAUAAGGUAACAUAAUCACAAUACCAUCAAAACAACAAGAAAAAAAUAAUGAUACACAAAAUAAACACAACGAAGAUAGAAAAAAAUUAAUGAAAACCAUCUAUGUCACGUUAAUUAAAGUGGGCAAGAUCCUUUACGUCAUGUCAUCAUCUUUACAUUCCUUACCCAAUACUUUGUUCUCCUCAAGUUUAUUCCUACGGGGAAAUAACACGUUUGAAGGAAGGGUAUGGUUACUUUUUUAUAUGAGUGUGGUAAGUUUCUUCUAUCUUCUUUUUCUUUUGCAGGAGAACAUGAUGGAAAGGGAAGAAUAUGGAAGGAAAGAAACAUGCACUGAAUACUGGAAACAGAACCUAACUGCAUCAAGUGACGUUACUAAUAUUUGUGCAAUUUUCACUCGACUUUUUUUUUCCUCCAUUAGUUUUUUGAAAUCGUGAACCCACAAAGCACACACAAUCUUUCCUUCCACUUCUUAACUCUUUUUUUUUCCUCACCGUCUUUCGCUGCGGAUACUCCUUUUUUUUCCCUUCCCUGCGUGGAUGAAAGUUGAAAAUCCGGAAAAAACCACGAGUAAAAAGUUCGCUCCUAAAAAAACACAGGGUACAUGCUAUUAGGUGAUGCAUAACAAAAAACGGAGGCAAGAGAAUGGAAACUCAUAUAAAGUAUCGUCCCUCCAAAAAGUUGCUCUCAGUUGCGCGACGAAGACCAGCAGAAGUGUGUGACUUACCUUCCCAAGCAUGCGUGUGUGGCUGGCGGUAUUGGCCAUUCUGGGGGCAGCGGCGGUAGCAGUAGCGGAGGAGCCUGGGGGAGGACCAAUAAGAAUAUCCACCACUGGCAACACUGGGAGACGCGGCACAGCUGGACGAGGGAGAAUCGAAACCCCUGGACGCAGUGGGGAAAAUGGCAACCCUGGAGGCGGAGAGGUGGUGAAGGCUGAACUCAGAGCGUCACACCUCGAUGUUGGAGCCGGAGACACGUCGCCCAUCGUUGGACAUAAAAGAACAAUAGACACCGUUGGACACAGUGCCUCUGCUAGCAAUGUCAGCCCUCGCCUUCCACUUGGCACCACCGGAAAGCCUAAUGAGGGCCACAAAGAUGAAAUAGAUGUGGUUCCCGCGCGAAUGGAAAGGAUUAUCAACACUGUGGGAAGUGCUCCAGUCGCUAAUGGGGAAAGUGGAUCAUUAAGAACAGCUACGAGACUCGCAGGUGCACAAGGCAACGUGACGCACCGCACGGCUACCGCCACUGAAAGCUCACUUGGCAACACUGCACGUGGAAAUCGGAACCAGAAAAGAGGUGCCAGUGAGGACCGUUUAGAAGCUGCCAAAAUUGCGGCCACGAUCCACAGAGCAAUUCCAGUCGACCUCUCCAAGUACGGCGGCCUGGACAACGGGGCUCUUCUCAGCUUGGCAAACCUCGAGAAGAUCAACAGAGCUGCGGCGCUGAGCUUCUUGGGGAAAGGAGACAAAGGACCAAGUGGAGAGAUCUCAAAAGCUGCAAUCAAAAGUCACGAAAGGAGUCAAGAGUCCCCUAAAAAUAUCGCUGACAUAAUCAACAAGGAUCACGAAAUCACCACCGGAGCGAACAAAAGGGAGAUCUUCAGUAUCGUAGACAUUGAUGACUGUGACAGCGGGGAGGUCUUUGGAGUGCGAGGGAAGGGCUCUGAUGUUUUCGGCAUUUUCAGUAAAGGAGACAGUAGGGAAAGACAAAGUGAUGGGCUGUUUAGUGGGAAAGGAAACAGCAGAGAAAGAUGCAUUUCAAGAAGGCAAAAGGGUGGAAAGGGAAAAGGGUCCUCGAAUAUCUUUGGACUAUUUAAUAAAGGCAGUAAAGAGAGACCUGGAGGGCUUUUUGGGAAGGGUGGAGGAAGUGGUCUAGAUAUCUUUGGAAUCUUUAACAAAGGCGACAGUAAGGAGAGAUUUGGAGGUCUGUUUGGAAAGGGUGGUGGAGGAGGUUUCGAUCUUUUUGGACUUUUUGACAAAGGGAAUAGUAAGGAAAAUUUUGGUAAAGGUGGACUAGGACACUUAGACAUUUUUGGACUUUUUGACAAGGGAAACAGUAAAGAGAGAUCAGGACUAUUUGGAAAGGGUGGUAGAGGAAGAGGUUUAGACAUAUUUGGAAUUUUCGACAAAGGAGACAGCAGGGAAAAAUCUAGAGGUCUAUUUCGAAAAGGCGAAAAGGGAGACCGAGGAGGCUUGGAGAUUAUAGACAUCUUCGACAAGGACAACAGUAGGGAGAAAUCUAUAGGCCUAAUUGGGAAAGGUGUAAAAGGGGAACGAGGAAGCCUAGAAGUAAUUGGAAUCCUUGACGAUGGAGGCAGUAGGGAGAAAUUGAUAAUUGGUCAGGGAUUUGGAGGCUUAAACAGAGGGGGUGUCUUUGGCAAGGGAGCAGGUGGCUUGGACAUAUCAGGAUCAUAUGGCAAAGGCAGUAGGGAAGGACUUAGCUUAUUUACCAACAAAGGACAAACCAGCAAGGGAAGGUCAGGUGGUUUAUUCAACAAAGGCAACAGUAAGGAAAGGUCAGGUGGUCUCUUUGCAAACAAGGGCAGACGAGGAGGAGGACUUCUUGGUAAUGCCUUUGACCUUUUCAGAUUAUUUAACAAAGGUAGUAAAGAAAGGUCAGGAGGACUAUUUAACAAAGGUAACAGCAAGGAGAGGUCAAGGGGGCUGUUCAACAAAGGUAAAGAAGUGGAUUACUACCAUGACAGCCUCGAAAUUCCUGACCUUGUUUUAGUGCCUAGCAAAGAAAAAUCAGGUUUAUUUGGGAACAAGGGCACAGGAGGGGGGCUUUUUGGUGUGGGCGGGGGUAAGAAUUUUGACAUUUUAGAUCUAUUCAAAAAGGGAAGUAAGGAAAGGUCACCUGGACUCUUUGGCGGGAAAGGAUUAAGUAAGGAAAGAUUUGACAGUAAGUUUGAUUUCAAGGAUGACAGUAAGGAAACUUUGUUUGGAAGUAAUGAGGUCCUUAUCGUCUUUGACUUCCUUAAGGAUCUUCACCACCUCAUUUGGGGAAGAUAACAGUCAUGCUGAGAAGGUGAGACGUUGCGUGACCCUCAAAAACGAGAAAUAAAAACAGCUACACUGAAGCAACGAAAACAAAGAAAAUAAAAGGCAAAAAAAAAAAAAAAAA